AUGGCGUCUUUGGAGAUCAAUGUCGAAAAGUCCGCUGCCAGCCAUGUGGAAACUACGUUAGGCAGCGGUGCUAUUAACGAAGCCAAACUGGCGUCAGACGAAGAGCAUUCACAGACUCUCUGGCAAGCGUUGAGCGCAAAUCGAAAGGCGGUUGCAUGGUCUAUGCUUAUCUCACUUUCGAUUAUCAUGGAAGGUUAUGACCUCGUGUUGAUUGGAAAUUUCUUCGCCUAUCCAGAGUUCACCAAGAAAUAUGGUGUCGAUUAUGGUGGCACCACCGGAUGGCAGAUUCCGGCUCGUUGGCAAUCUGCUUUGAACAUGUCCAGUACAGUGGGAACAAUCUUUGGUGGCAUACUAAACGGUUAUCUGACUUCAGUCGUUGGUUAUCGUUGGGUCAUGAUAAUUUCCCUCGGCCUCCUCAACGCCUUGCUCUUUAUCGUCUUCUUCGCACCAUCGAACGGAGUCCUCGUGGCUGGUGAACUUCUCUGUGGUUUAGCCUGGGGUGUUUUUGCGAUUGUCGGCCCAGCUUAUGCAUCUGAAGUAUGCCCAACUAAUCUUCGAGGUUAUCUCACUGUAUACGUCAAUUUAUGCUGGGCAAUUGGACAGUUCAUUGCUGCUGGCGUUUUGCAAGGACUAGUGGACAGACCAGAUCAGUGGUCAUACCGUAUCCCGUUUGCGUUGCAAUGGAUUUGGCCGCUACCUCUCAUGAUUGUCUGCUUCUUCGCCCCAGAAUCACCAUGGUACUUAGUUCGACAUGAUCGUCUGGAGGAAGCAAAACACUCAUUGCGCCGCCUUGGUGGAAACAAAAGAGAGGAACAAAUUAAUGGUCAACUGGCCAUGCUAGUGCAUACCGCCAAAAUUGAGUCUUCUUUGGAGGUUGGAACCUCAUAUAUGGACUGUUUCAAGGGAACCGACCUCCGCCGCACUGAGAUCUGCUGUCUCGCAUUCGUUGGCCAGAUCAUGUCAGGCAGUUCAUUCGCCUACUCACCAAGCUACUUCUUCACAACGGCAGGCAUGAGUACUGAUCAUGCGUAUCAAUUGAACCUAGGUGGCACCGCGAUCGCUUUUCUUGGUACCCUCUGUUCCUGGUGGCUGAUCACACACUUUGGCCGACGAACUCUAUAUGUUACUGGACAGGGAGUUCUUUGUGUGACCUUAUUAAUUAUCGGAAUAAUAAACGCCGCAUCCAGCUCAACCAGUGCUAUUUGGGUAGAGGCUGGCUUUUGCAUUUUCUGGCUACUGGUCUACUCACUAACCGUCGGACCCAUCGCCUAUGCAAUUGUGGCAGAGACAUCUUCGAUACGCUUACGCGCCUUGACGGUUUCUCUUGCUAGGGUAUCGUAUCAAAUUGUCAACAUCGUGAGUCAGGUUCUCGAACCAUACUUUAUGAACCCAACGGCAUGGAAUGCUUCCGGCAAGACGGGCUUUUUCUGGGGUGGCACUGCGCUUAUUAUAUUUAUCUGGUCGUACUUUCGCUUACCAGAAGCUAAAGGCAGAACUUACGAGGAGCUAGAUAUUAUCUUUUCAAGGAAAGUCAGUGCAAGGAAGUUUGCGUCUGAAGAAGUUGAUGCCUAUGCUGCGCGAGAUGUUGUCAACACCGAGAAGGAGUAG